UAGUAUACCAGCAGUGGUGAGUGUCAGGGGGCUGGUUGUACUCCAGAUGGGUUAACCUGUAAACUUAUAGGUGGCCCGUACCUCUGUAUCAUAUAUUUAAUUUAUUUAUGUUUUAGAGAACAUAAAGGAUAUUAUUGACAAAUAUGGGUAUCAAUAUAGUAGAUAAUUAAUAGUAUUCUAUUUACAUAAUCAUAAUUAAAUUUCUUGUACGAAAUUUUCCAUUCUGGUACGUUUUAUGGCGCCAUCUAAUACGGCGAAGAAUUUCAGUCUGGCAACACUGGCGCACAAUACUGCGAGCAUAUAUGUAACUGCGAGACGUCAGUUAUUAUUAUGGUCAGUAAAAAUUUGCGCGUCCGUUGAAUUUAUCAUAUCGAUGUUGCUAAGAAAUGUUCUUUAAUGUGAUAUCGUGUAUGAAACUAGCGGAAAAUACUAAGCAAAAUGACAAGAACAUGCCUCAUAUGUAAAGCAGAACAAAUUCCAAGAUGCGAACGUAGUUUUCACAUGUUUCCCAAAAAUGAAUCAAUAAAGCAAAAAUGGCUCGAUGCUAUAAAUGUAUCAAAAACUCCAAAUUUUAAAACUGCAAGCAUAUGCAGUGAUCACUUUCAUGCAGAAUCAUUUUUUUAUUCUGAUGAAUUCAGACAAAGAAAGCGGCUAUGCAAAGAAGCUGUUCCUAGACAGAAAAAUAUUAAUUUACUUAAUCUGCCAAGAGAAAAUGAAACAAAAGAGAAUGCAAUAAUUGAUAUUAAUCAUUGUGAAGUAAAUGAUAUACCAGAACACAUAAGUUUCGAAGCAAAUACAAAUGAAACUGAAAUGUGUACAGAUGAGGUCACUUUAACAAAUUCUCUUAAGUUUCAUAAAAGUAAUGCCCUUGAAAAUGUAAGUGCACAGUCACAUCUGAAUAAAGACGUUAAAAUAUGCCCAAAUAAAGUUUCCUCAAUAACAUCUAUCAACUCCCGAGAAAGUGAUGUGUCAAAAGAUAUUUGUUUACAAUCAAAUACUAAAAAAGUGACUGAAACGUAUAUUCAAGAACCGCCUUCCGAUAAUUCUGAAACGUUGAAUGGUAGUACCUCAAGUAUUAAGUCAAAUAGUAAGAAAAGGAAACGUUCAUUCAAUGACAUCAAAACAGCGAAAAGAGUUCGUUUCAUGAAUGGUUUUAAGACAGAUUAUAUAUGUCAAGAAGACUUUGUUAACAAAGACGCUUGGAAUCGAUUUCUAACUUACGUAGCUUAUCAAAGGUCCAGAAUUGCAGCUGCUCAUAAUAGAAACUCGCGCAAAGAAAGGAAAAUGCAAAAUUUGAUUGAUGUGAUAGAAACUUUGGAUAAAGGAGGACAAUUUGAUGCUGUUGGAUGUUGAAAGGUGAGAUUUUAAUAAUAUUCAUUUAAUUGUAUCUAAGGAAAAAAAUUGUACAUAUUUAUAUAUUUUUGCUAUGAUUUCAUCAUAUAGUAUAUUAUAUAAUAAUAAAAAUGUUAUAAUGAAUUGUACAUAUGAUAGUGAAUAUACAAAAAUAAAAGUAACGAGGUUGAAGCUAGUAAUGUUAUCGAAACGAAACAUUGGAG